UGAACAUAACCGACUGCUAUAAUAGUAUCAACGUGGUAGAUUCUCAUUUUUCAUAACGAUUCUUUUUUUGACUGAAGAGACAAGACAAGGGAUAAAGUUACAAGUUGUGCUUGAAUGAUAGUGGUCAGUGGUGAGAAACCUUUUUUGCUGCUGAUAGGUUUCAUUAUCACAUUACUCAACUGUCACUCACUCUGUUCAGUACGGCUCCUUACAUUUUACGAACUCGUUCAGACUCUACCAGUCUGGAUUCACACUUCCCUGGAUAUCCUCUGCUUUCUAUGAUGGAUCUAGAUCCAAGUGUUCCCUUGAAGAUUGCUGUUAUUGGAGCUGGAUUGGUGGGAUCUCUGAACGCAUGUAUGCUUGGGAAAAGAGGCUUCAAAGUAGAUGUUUAUGAAUACAGACAAGAUAUUCGCAAAUCAAACCUAGUGAAAGGUAGAACAAUAAAUUUGGCCUUGUCUCAUAGAGGAUUGAAGGCCUUGGAAAUUGUUGGAUUAGAUAAUUCAGUAUUAUGCAAGCAUGCAAUACCGAUGCGUGGGCGCAUGAUACAUGCAUUGGAUGGAUGUCAGAAACCAAUUUUAUAUGAUGCACUGGAAAAACAGAGUAUAUACUCAGUCGAGAGGAAGUACCUCAAUGAGCUUCUAAUUUCAGCUGGAGAUAAAUAUGAAAAUGUCACAUUCAAUUUUGAACAUAAAUUCAUGAGACUGGACUCAACAACCAAUACUUUGGAUUUUCAGAAUAAAAGAACCGGAGAAAUAUUCCGCACAACAGCAGAUUUGGUGAUAGGUGCAGAUGGAGCUUUCUCAGCAGUGAGACGGGAAAUAAUGAUGAAACAACCAAUGUUUCAGUUCAGCCAAACCUAUAUUGAGCAUGGUUAUUUGGAACUCUGCAUUCCUCCUACCAACGAUAACAAGUUUGCAAUGCUACCGAACUAUCUUCACAUUUGGCCUAGAAGCACAUUCAUGAUGAUCGCACUGCCAAACCAAGAUAAAACUUGGACGGUCUCUCUUUUCAUGCCUUUGUCAAAAUUUGGUGAGCUUGAUUCUCCUGAAAGAUUAUCGGAGUUUUUUGAGGAAUACUUUCCAGAUGCACUUGAUCUUAUCGGGAAGGAUAAACUGAUCAAAGAUUACUUUGCUACCUCUUCAUCGCAUCUUGUUUCUAUAAAGUGCCAACCAUUCCAUUACAAAGGAAAAUGUGUGAUAGUGGGAGACGCUGCACAUGCUAUGGUUCCUUUCUAUGGACAAGGAAUGAACGCUGGAUUUGAGGACUGUUUGAUACUUGAUCAACUCUUUGAUCAAUACUCAACGAAUACUGAUACAAUUUUGGAAGAGUUUUCUAAACGGAGGUGUGAUGAUGCUGCUGCUAUUUGUGAUCUAGCAAUGUACAAUUAUAUAGAGAUGAGAGAUUUGGUCAACAAAAGGUCUUUCCUUAUGAGAAAGAAAUUGGACAAUAUUCUGUUCAAAUUCUUCCCAAGUCUAUGGAUUCCUCUCUACAACAGUGUUACAUUCUCUUCAAUGAGAUAUAGUCACUGCAUAAAUAAUAAAAAAUGGCAGGAUAAGGCCCUUGAAAGAGCUGCACAGGUUUUACUGGUAUUAUUUUUACCAAUUGUAAUCGGAUUAUUCUUGAUGCUGCUCUACAGUUUCUACAGUGUCGAUGAUUGAGAGAACUGGUUACUCCUUGAAAUAACUGGAGAGCAUUGAAUUACUUCCUAUGGUACUAAUAAUAAUAAUAUAUUAUCGUUCAAUAAAUCAACAAGUAGGCUACCUAAUACUGUACCUAUCGAAUAGGUUUUAAAUAUAUCAGAAUUUUAUCUUACCGUUUAUAUAAAGAAAUUAAUUCAGUUUCAAAUGAACAAGAUAAAUGAGAAUUUUUGUAACUGAUGUUACUUAUUAUUAUUAAUUAUUAAAAGACAGUAUAUCAUAUUUAAUAUAGUAUUUAUAAUAAUAAGAAUGAAAUUUUCCUUUACGAUUUGACUGUUUUUCUACUUCAUAAGUUAGUUUGUUUUUAUAUAAGCUGAUUCUGAUUAAUUUUAUGUAGGCUAUUGUCUAACAGAGUAUAAAAAUAUAAAAGAGCCAGGAAUAAAAUAAUAUUUAUCAAACAACAGCCACCCUCAUUCCCACAUGUUGACAUAAACCAUGGAAUAUCAUUCACUACAUCUUUUUUUGGAAAAUGGGUACUACUCAGUAGUAACUUAAUAAAUUCAAUUGAUUAUUUCUUCGUAUUCCUGAAAGAUUAAUUAAAUCUUGGUUAACAACCAAGGAUUGUUCAUAAAAGACUCUCCUAUUACUUCCUUCUAUAGUAUGGUGUUUAAAAAUAAUUGAAUUUAAUUGAUUUUGUUUCAUAUACUAUUGUCAAUAAUAUUUUUUAUACGAGUAGUAGACUUACUUAAUGGAAAAUUCUCCUAUAUAUUAAUCAGAAAAGAAUAUGAUUAUCGGUUCUAGGCAUAGCGAGUUGAAGAAGACAUAAAAUAAGAUCCGGAGUCUAUGAAAUUUUGUAAUUUAUCUGGCACAAUAAUAUUGGUUGAAUUCAUUCAGAUGUUUUCUACGAUUUCAUGAAUCCAGAGUUUGGAUAUAUGAGUACUUAUUAGAAUGAGUGAAUCAGCUUUCCACAAAUGCUUCAUGUUUUGAAAGCUUUCAUGUAGUUGCAAAAAAUUUUUCAUCAUGUGCAUGAAUUUCCAAUAAAAUGAUGCUGUAGCCCGUACUGUAUUUUAAAAAGUAUAAUUCACAAAUUAUUAACCAUUUACUGUUAACUAUUGUCUGACUAGAUGAAUCUUAAUAUUAUAAUAAUAUCUUCUUAAAAAGAUUCUAGAUGUAAAUUAAUAUCACUUAAUUUUUGAAUAUAUAAUGUAUAGGCUAUAUAAUGUAACAUUGAUGAGCAGUAGCUAAGUAUUUUCUAUUAUUACAAUAAUAAAUAAUAUAUA